AACUCUAUUUUAUGAAGUGAAUACCAGUAGGGUUUUUAAGAACAUCUAGCUGUAUGUUAGAUUAUGUCAAUCUUGCAUGUCAAGAGCAGAUUGUGUGGUACAUGAGGAGAUGAGGGAUGUUUUGGGACAAGUGAGGUUGAGGGAUAUUAGGAAAUUGACAUUGGAAAUAUGAAGGAAGAAUGUCCUGUUGGAAAUGGAAAAGAUAGACCAUAGAUGAUGCAGAUGAAUAUUUGCAAAGUUUGGAGUGUUUUUAAGAACAAUUAUUAGGUAAAACACAUGCAAGCCUUAGCAUGCCAUUCCUUCUUCUUCUUUUUUCUUCCUCCUCCAUUGGACACAAGAGGCUUUUGUUAUGUGCUGCAUGGUCUUUUCAUGCUGCAAGUGUGAAAAUUCGUUGUUCCUUGUGAGGAUUGGCUUAAGGUUGUAUUUGGAUGAUACUGCGUGAUCUCAAGCUUCAUAGUUGCUCUUAAAAUGAAACCAAGAACUAAUGGGACUUCUAGAGGUCAGAAGACACAGAAUUUUCAGGGGGAGGGACGAAAUUGGAUUUUUAUUGCAGGUGGUGCCUUGUUAAGUACAUUGUCAAUUCACCUUGGUUACAAGCUCAAGCAGACACUGGACUCAAAGCAACAGGCAAAUGCUAGUAAUAGUCUGAAAGGGACUGUGAAAUCAUCUGACAGGAGGAGGUCACCUGGUUGCAAUAUGCAUUCAAACAUGUAUUCCUUCACGCAAGAUGAUGAUGGUUGCUACGACUGCAUUCCAGGGAAUGAAGGCAUUGCAAAUAUGAAGCAUCAGUCCAAUGACCAGAUGCUGUCUGAAUCUGACAUUGGUCUACCUUUGGUGACGGUUCCUGCUGCAGAAUUCACCAAGGAAAAUGGUGUUAUGUGGGUAUCAUCUCCUGAUCGCCUUGAGUUGCCACCAAAGCCAUUCCACAAUUCAAACUGCUCUGACUCGCCAUGUGUCUCAGAAUCUGGUUCUGACAUCUUCAGCAAACGAGAAGUUAUACAGAAGCUGAGGCAGCAAUUGAAGAGGAGAGAUGACAUGAUACUGGAGAUGCAGGAUCAGAUUCUGGAAUUACAGAAUUCACUCAAUGCUCAGCUGACACUUGCUUCAAAUUUGCAAUCACAGAUCAAUGCAGCUAACAGGGAUUUGUUUGAUUCUGGAAGGGAAAUCCAGAGGCUCAGAAAGGCAAUUGCUGAUCACUGUGUGAAACAUGUGGGCAUCAAUGACAAACCAUCAGCAAUCACAACAUGGCCAUCUGAGGCAAGAAAUGGCCAUGCAAAUGGAUAUCUGGAUGGAGACAGCAAUUUUGAGUCAUCGGAAAAGGGAAGGGGAGAUGUCGAGAGGAUUGAGAAGCUGAAGAGAGAAGUAGAUGAGUUGAAGGAAGUGAUAGAAGGGAAAGAGUACUUGUUGCAGAGCUACAAGGAGCAGAAGUCAGAGCUUUCCAUGAAGAUUAUGGAAUUGCAGCACAGAUUGGAUUCACAGCUCCCUAAUAUUUUGUAGGCAUUGGUAGGAUGUGUAUUCUUGGUUGUUUCCUCUUCUUUUCUUUGAUUUUACUUCUACAUUCUGAAUUUUGGGAGAAGCUUCCUUUUUCUCCUUUCUUUCCAGAAUUUCUUUCAUAACUUAGUUUAGAAUGUUUGAUGCAUUUUACGUGUUUGUUCAAAAGUGCGCUUGUUGGAGAGAGGAGAGAGAGAGAGAGAGA